CCUCGCCGCCCCGCGGGGUGGCGCGCGCUCCCGACGGCCGGCGCGGCGCGCGCGGGCACGGGGCUCGCUCCCGCGAGGGCAGGUGGGAGCCGGGAGCGGGCGCCCGGGUUGUGGUGGCCGAGGGGCCUGGGCGCGAGGUCUACGCCUGUGGCUGCAGGGGCCGAGGCCAAAGGACCUGCCGCGGUUUCGUCGUCGGAGAGGGAGGGUCCCGCUGCCGUCGCCGCCCGGCCGGUGCCGGUGAAAUCAGCCUGGAGAAGGGAUGGGAUUGACCCCGGGUCUCCCCACAGCAAGCCGGCGCUGAGGACCCGGGUGUUGGUGGUCGGUGAUGGUGGCUCCCGCUCUCGUGUAUGAAGGAUGGAAUAUGUCCGCUCUCUGUAUCCAGACAGUGAAGAGUGAUAAGAGUUAUGAGGAUGUCCACCCUUGAUGGAUUAAAUGUGAAACAGAGAAAACUUGCACAACUGAAUCGUGGAGAGAUAACUUCAGUUAAUCAGAAAUCUGCCGUCGUAUGGAGAACUCAUUCACCCAUGACGCUAGGACGGAGCCCCUGGACUCCCAGCUUCCUUGUCAAGGAGGAGGAAGGACAUCCAUCUGCUGGGGCCUGAGUGUGGCCUGGGGGACAGGCCAUCGGUCCCGGAAUGCCCCUGCCUGAGCCCAGCGAGCAGGAGGCUGAGAGUGUGAAGGCCGGCCAGGAGCCGUCCCCUGAGUCCCCUGAGCUGGGCACAGAUGUCAUCCCUGCAGCCCCCACGAAGCCCAAGGAGUUCUCCAAACUGGUCCUGCUGACAGCCUCCACCGAGAAUGGGGAUGGAGUGGACUCCCAGCCCAAAGGAGUGCCCUGCACCGUGUCCCUGGAAAUGUCUGGUGCUGACACCCUGGCCAGGAUCCCCCACAUCCUGCCAUCAGAGGAGCAGGGGGGUGCAGUCCAGCCAAGCCCCCUGGCCUCUGAGCAGAAAUGCAGCAAACCAGACACAGCAGCCCCCAAGCCCCUGGAGUUCCUGAGGACCCCAUUUGGGGGCCGCCUCCUGGUCCUCGAGUCCUUCCUGUACAAGCAGGAGAAGGCCGUGGGCGACAAGGUCUACUGGAAGUGCCGGGAGCAUGCCGAGCGGGGCUGCCGGGGCCGGGCCGUCACCCGUGGGUCGCGGGCCACAGUGAUGCGGGACCACUGCCACCCACCAGAUGAGGAGGGCCUGGAGGCCCGGCGCCAGAGACAGAAGCUGCCCAGCCCAGCCCUUCCGGAAACCUUAGGGGGUCCCCAGGGCCCUGGAAGCCAAGUGGAGGAGCCACUGGAGGGGGUGGGCCCAUGGCUGUGCCCCCAGGAGCCAGAGUCUGCCCCGGCACUGCAGCUGAGCAAGCCGGCCCCGGAGGAGGAAGAGGGGCUGCGAGCCCUGUCGCUGCUCAGCCUGCCCCCCAAGAAACGCCCGACACUGGGGACCGGAGAGCCCCGGCCCCUGGAGUUCCUGAGGACAUGCUACGGGGGCAGCUUCUUGGUGCACGAGUCCUUCCUCUACAAGCGGGAGAAGGCCGUGGGGGACAAAGUGUACUGGACUUGCCGGGACCACGCGCUGCACAGCUGCCGCAGCCGGGCCAUCACCCAGGGCCAGCGGGUGACCGUGAUGCGCGGCCACUGUCACCCGCCUGACAUGGAGGGCCUGGAGGCCCGGCGGCAGCAGGAGAAAGCCAUGGAGACACUGCAGGCUGGGCCGGGAGGUCCCGGGGGCCAAGUGGACAAGCUAUUCCAAGGCGUGGACAGCCUGUUGUACCGCAGGGGCCCCGGCAGCCUGACGCUCACCAGGCCGCGGCCAAGGAAGCGUGCCAAGGUCAAAGAUCAGGGCCUGGUCCAGCCCCAAGCCUCGCAGGGAGCCCCUGAGGACCAGGAUGAGGACCUGGGAGGCCCUGAGUUCCUGAGGACCCCGCUGGGGGGCAGCUUCCUGGUACAUGAGUCCUUCCUCUACCGGCGGGAGAAGGCAGCCGGGGAGAAGGUGUACUGGACGUGCCGGGACCAGGCCCGCAUGGGCUGCCGCAGCCGGGCCAUCACCCAGGGCCGGCGGGUGACCGUGAUGCGCGGCCACUGCCACCCGCCCGACCUGGGGGGCCUGGAGGCCCUGAGGCAGCGGGAGAAACGCCCAGGCUCAGCCCAGCGGGGCAGCCCAGGAGGCCCUGAGUUCCUGAGGACCCCGCUGGGGGGCAGCUUCCUGGUCUACGAGUCCUUCCUCUACCGGCGGGAGAAGGCGGCGGGGGAGAAGGUGUACUGGACGUGCCGGGACCAGGCCCGCAUGGGCUGCCGCAGCCGGGCCAUCACCCAGGGCCAGCGGGUGAUGGUGAUGCGCAGGCACUGCCACCCGCCCGACCUGGGGGGCCUGGAGGCCCUGAGGCAGCGGGAGCAGCUCCCCUGCCCGGCCCAGAGGGAAGGCUCAGGGACCCUCCGGCCUCUGGAGUUCCUGAGGACUUCCCUCGGGGGCAGGUUCCUGGUGUACGAGUCCUUCCUCUACCGGAAGGAGAAGGCGGCGGGGGAGAAGGUGUACUGGAUGUGCCGGGACCAGGCCCGCAUGGGCUGCCGCAGCCGGGCCAUCACCCAGGGCCAGCGGGUGACCGUGAUGCGCGGCCACUGCCACCCGCCUGAUCUGGCGGGCCUGGAGGCCCUGAGGCAGCGGGAGCGGCUCCCCAGUGCGGCCCAGCAGGAGGACCCAGAAAAGAUAAAACUUCUGCCUAAAGUUCAGCUGUGCCUCAAGACGUGUUCUCCUGAAAGCCAGCAGACUUACGGGAAGGUCACAGAUAGAGAACUUGGCAGCGAGUCCCACUGAGGCCACUCUCCUCCAGAUUCGAGCAGAGAAGCCUCACGAGUUGCCAGCGUCCAGGAUGCUCUUCGUCUGCACGGGACCCCGCCCGGCAUUUCCCACCCGGUUAGAGUUUGCCUGACAAAAACUUGCACUCUUCCAAAGCGUCUGUGGCCUUCACAUCUCCUCACGACGUCUCCCAGGAGGGGUAUUUUGAUGGUGUCUUCCUGCCGGCAAAGAGGAGCCCCAGGAGCGGGGCGGCUUGCAGGCCUGCCUGACGUAGGGAAGGCUCCGACCUCCAAAGGAGCUGAAGAAGCAUCUUUUGACAAAGACACCUCUUCCCUGCUCUGCGCUCACAACCGUCUGUUUUCAGAGCACGCGAGCGACCUUGCCAAGGACCUUCCCGUCGGGUGUGGCCCUGCUUCAUCCAGGGCACCUCGGGGGAAGUUCCUGCUUCUUCAAGCUGAGCUGAGCUGCUCUGCAGAGCUCCAGGCACCCCACUGGGCCUUCAUGCUCAGGGCUGCAUCCAUCCCUCACGGUGACAGGGCACACCAAACCAGAAGCCUCACUACACCCUCUGUCGGACUUUCUUUCCUUUGCUGUUUCCAACUUAAAUUAAACCCAGUGUCCACGAUCCCCACGGCAAGUGUUGUUCCCAGCAGUGGGAGCCGGCCCAGAUGUCCGCAGGAAGGCGGCCCUGGGCAGACACUCCUGAUGAGGCCAGUGGUGUCCUGGGUUGCCCAGGUUCAUCUGAUGCAGGAGGAGAGGCAGACCAGAUAGCAGCAGAGGCGCAUCCCCUCUCCUGUCUGGUAGAGGCGCAGAGAGCUAUUCUAGCUGGUCCGAGGAGAAGAGGGCUGACAUCCUCUGGGAACUCCAGAGGCUGCUGCUUGCUAACAAGGCCACGUCCUUGACAGCGAGUUUUCUUGCCCUCAUCCUGUAAUCACAGAUGGAGCACACAGCGGGAGGCUCCCUCCCUCCUGGCAAGCUGGCCAUGGAGCCUGCCAUCCAGCUGUGGGACAGUGACAGCUCGAGUCCCCCCCACUGUCCCUCUGCUUAUACAUUUCCCCCAAUAAACCCUAUUUUAUAUCUCACCGUGUAGAGCUGCUGUGUGUGUCCACAUCCCUUAUGCAACCACUAUUGGCUACCACGAAGCCACACACUCCACGUGUCUCAGUGCCACGGGCUUAGAAGUGACGGAGUGCUUGGGCAACACCCUGGGGGAGACCCCCUCAUCUGGGACAGUGCCAGAUCACCUGGCCCAGAUGUCAGCCAUACCAAGAGAGGGUGGGGGUCCUCUGGAGGGGUUGCUGAGGGGUUUGCUCCAAGCCCACAGAGGGCCGUGCGGCCCCUGCUGGCCAUUCCCUGACCCUGAUGUCACUGAAAGAGAGGCCUGGAUUCUCUAGGCACCUCUCAAACUGAGUCCUCCCUGACUCAUUUUCACAAGCUGGAGCAAGCUUAAAACAGAAACGGCACCCCCAGGCAACGGGGGGUUAGACCCCCGAGACCCCGGCUACCUUCGCACUGACCCAUUACCUGACAUGACUGCCGGCUCCCCGGCGCCCCCACCUCCCAGCCUUGCCAGCAGUCAGGACGGCCCAGUGAUGGGACAGGCCACCUCCCAGGUGGGAGGCAGGUGUCUGCCAAAGCGCCCCUCAUGCUGAUGGCCCUCAGCAGUGGACACUCAACACCAGCUACGUUUCAGGCAGUGCUCUUGGCAUGCUGCCCCAAGACAGUGACCUGCCCAUGGCUAAGGCCAAAGACAUGGCCCUGUGGGUACAGACAUGACGCCCCAAUCCCAGAGCCAUCUUCGUGUCACAAAUGUGCAUGCCCAUGGGAGGCAGCCACACUGACAGGAAGGCACCUAGACUCAAAAGAAUGGUCAAGUUUGUGCCGCCACCAGUUGGGUCUCUGCUCAGCCCCAUCGUGGACGGGGGGACCUCGCACAGGCCUGAGUGACUGGCAAGAAGCAUUGAGUCGCGGCAGCCCCUGCCACUUGCAAAGCCUGCUCCGCCGGCCGGGUCCGCAGCCUUCCCAGCAGGGCCUCUGCAGGACCAGCGACUUCCCCAGGCCCGAGUCCUAUGCCAUCAGCCUGGCUGGGCUCUGGGCAGCCAGACAUUGGGGUGCGGCGUGAGGAGACUCAGAGGAAGGACAUGGCUUCACUCCGCUCCUCAACAUUCGCGUUGGCGAGGGCCGGCACACUGCCCCUCUUCUCCACACCUGCUUUGACCUCAGAGGACAGCUGGAUGGUCCAUGUGGCUCAGACUGAGGGCUCUCAGAUGGACAUGAAUUUGGAUACUGGUGGCGCCAUGGGUGGCCUCACGACCACUUAGCCACUGAGCUCCAGAGGCUUCCCCCUCAUAAGGCCACUUCCUCUAUGGUUCCAGAGCCAGAGAUGUCCCCUGCCCUGUCCCUGUCAGAGAGCAAAGUGCACAGGGGCAAGUCCCUGUCUCAGAAGCUGGCCCCUUGGGGACAGUGACAACUUGGUGGGGCUGCCCUCAUCCUCCCCUGCUCCCACUCUGCUGCUGGUUUCCCCCAAUAAACCCUAUUUUAUUGUGUCUGCA